UGAAGAUUUAACAAAUAUAUUAUUAACAGCUAAAAGUGAAAAAGAACUUGUAAAAAAACUAAAAGUAUUAUGUUUACAAAAGGGAUGGUAUAAUGUAAAAAAUAAUUUAGAAUAUAUAAAAGGAUUAAUAAGUAUAUAUAAAGAAAAAAGAAAAGAAAGUCCAGAAUGGAAA